GCAGGCGAGGCGAGGGGGGCGCCCUGGAGAGCCCCCGGACUUGGCGAGGGGGGCGCACGUCGUCUUUACAAGGCCGCGCAGAGGAGCAUGUGUCCAGCCGGAGUAGCUGGGGUUCUCAGGCCCUACGCCGGAAUGUGGGAGACCUCGGCCGUGGCGGUUCCAGAGAGGCAUGUCAUAAAGGUUCUGUUGAUCUCCCUGGAAGCUGAAACGGUUUCCUAACCGCCUGGAUUUGCUGAUUUCUUGGGGAGGGUCUGCCGUUCCCUACCCUUGAAAAUUGUCCCGUCUCCUGGGUCUGCGAAUCAUCACCAGCCGCCAUGAACGGGCUUUCGGUCAGCGAACUCUGUUGUCUCUUCUGUUGCCCGCCCUGCCCUGGCCGGAUCGCCGCCAAGUUGGCUUUCUUGCCGCCGGAACCCACCUACACGAUUGUCCCGGAACCAGAACCGGCUGGUAGUUCCAGCAGCAGCUCUCUGCGGAGCAACGCCAUGACCCGAUGGAAGCUCCACUUGACAGACCGGGCGGAUUUUCAGUAUAACCAGCGGGAUCUGGACACCAUCGAGGUGUUCUUGACCAAGAGCAACCGAGGGAACCGAGUCAGCUGCAUGUAUGUCCGUUGCGUCCCUGGGGCCAGGUUCACAGUUCUGUUCUCCCAUGGCAAUGCCGUCGACUUAGGACAGAUGUGCAGCUUCUACAUCAGCCUGGGAACCCGCAUCAGCUGCAACAUCUUCUCCUACGACUACUCCGGAUAUGGGGUCAGCACGGGGAAGCCCUCAGAGAAAAACCUCUACGCCGACGUCGACGCAGCCUGGCAAGCCCUCCGCACUCGAUACGGGAUCAGCCCGGAGAACAUCAUUCUUUACGGGCAGAGCAUCGGCACCGUGCCCACCGUGGACCUCGCCUCUCGCUACGAGUGCGCUGCGGUCAUCUUGCAUUCACCCCUGACCUCAGGCAUGCGCGUCGCCUUUCCGGAAACCAAGAAGACGUAUUGCUUUGAUGCGUUCCCUAACAUCGACAAAGUGUCCCGCAUCACGUCCCCCGUCCUCUUCAUCCACGGCACGGAAGAUGAGGUGAUUGACUUCUCUCAUGGCCUGGCCCUCUAUGAGCGCUGCCCCAAGGCUGUCGAACCACUGUGGGUGGAAGGGGCCGGGCACAACGAUAUCGAACUCUACAGCCAGUACCUGGAACGCCUCCGCAAGUUCAUUUCCCAAGAUCUGGCCGGCCAGCAUAACUGAGACGCCCCCCCGUUUGCACCCUUCCCUCCGGUGACCAUUCCCACGCUCUCCAGCAGGGAGGCGAGGGACGUUUGGAAAUCCGGAAAGUGGGACGUCGUCUGCGCCGCAAGUUCCAUACCCCUUCUGUCAAAGCAAGACUGGGCCUUGGGCCCUUUGAGAUGAGCUCGUUGUCCGCGCAGACUCAGGGUCUCUACCGGCGUCAUCUCGUCAGAUGAUGGGUCCAGCAGUUCCUGCUCAAUGCGGCCAUCUUCGAUGAUGACGGAUCUGUCUGUGAAAAUGCGCCAAGGAUGGGGGCCGCUCUGCCUGCCCCCGCCCCUUGGCUUCAGACUGCAAGAGACUGGCAUACUGCCGACAUUUCUUUAUUUUCUUUUCCUUUUCAUUACCACGUCUGCUAGGACUGCACUGUGGUUUUGGCCUCCACUCCACUGUCCUGUAUGAGACUCUCGAUUCCCCCUGUGCCAAGUGAUAGCAAUAAGCCACUGGGGGGUGGGAGAGAAGAGGGGAAGGCUUGAGUAAUCCCCCCCCCCAUGCUGCCUUCUGGUAACGAGAUGCCUUGCAUGAUGAGUGUCUUCUGGCAUCCAGCCCCACCGGGCAGGGGGAAAAAAAUUCAAUCUGGGUUCCCUGGAGAGGGGCCAGGAACGGAGGAAAAAGAGCCGGAUUGGAGGCCAUCGCUGUCUGAGUCCUGCCGCUUGCAGCAGCUAAUCCAUAAAAGCCAGCACUGAACUGGGGGUGGGGUGGGGGGGACAUGCCAGCCAUUUGGGGGAACGGAUCCAUUCGCCAGCUCCCGGAUUCCCCCGUUUUAGCCUCUUCCCCCCCCCCCUUCCAACGUGUCCAAAAGUUCCCCCGUGUUCGGGCCGUGCUUCCCCUAAUUCCAGGUGUGCAGACGGUGGGGGAUGAAGCCCCCCCCACCCAUUCAUUUUGGAAACAACAUGGAAUAAAAGUUUUAAAGGUCUUGACUGCUUUUCCAAGAAA